AUGACCGGUUCGACGAUUCUGUCCGUGACAACAUGUGUGCAAGUUGCUCUUGGAAUGGGAUCACACACAAUCACCAUUGAUCCCGCCACUCGUCCCGAAACACGUUUCUGGUACUACAUAGCCAUGAUUGUCUACAACGCCGCUCUGGGCUUUGUCAAAAUAUCCGUCCUGCUGCAAUGUCUACGCAUAUUCCCUCGAAGCGUACAGAAUGGUCCUCUGAACGAAAGACUUCCGCGGAAUAAAUACCGAACGGCGACGCAUAUUUUACUUGCUGCUGUUUCGUUUUUCACGGCUGGGGCUGUUCUUAGCUGGAUCUUUACUUGUCUUCCUGUUCAGAAGUUUUGGCAUUCGGAUCUUCCUGGGACGUGCUUGGCAAGGGAAGCGUAUUGGGGGGUGAUAGCUGGCAUUAACAUCGUGACUGGAAUCUGCGUCGCGGUCCUACCGUUGCCUGUUUUGCAUUCCCUGCGCAUCCCAAGACGACAGAGGCAUCUUCUCAUGAUCACUUUUGGACUUGCUGGUAUCACUGUCGUGGUAUCCAUCUUGCGACUCCCUUUCCUUUACAUCUUCUCCACCUCCGACGAUCCAUACUGGCACAGUCCCAUGGUAUCCAUCAUGAGUUCCCUGGAAGUCAACAGCGGAAUCAUAGCUUCGUGCAUACCAACUCUAAAAGCACUCCUAUCUCAAUACUUCCCUGCAUUAUCCAAGGAAGAAACUCAGAUCGCUUCGGAGGAGGAGGCGAAACCCAAUCGUAACGGAUUAGAAGAGCACGCCAUGGAGGAUUUGUCAAGCCGUACAUGUAGCCAGCGAGGGGAUCCGUCCAGCAGUGUGCGAGGCUCUACCGAGACGGCAACACAUCUUAAUGCCACGUAUUUUAAUGCGACUCCUAGGUUGGACGACUGA